CUCUCACCAAAAUCAUUCACAAAUAUCGUGUCAACAAUAUCUCAUUGUCUCUCUUUUCUAUCUUCUUUUCUUCAUUCCCAUGCGCAACGAAGAAGCUUUCAUCCUCCAAAACUCUCUUUUCGACUCGGUCAAUAAACAAUGGAAUCAGUUAAGACCUCCAGGUUCAUCACUGAGGUGGCUCCGGCUAAGUUUAUAUCGGCAACGAGAGAACCAUUCAAGAACAUGUUGACAACAAUCUCCGAGGAAGACUUUGACUUUGAAGAACUAGUCAGAGCCACUGCAGAGAGACUCUCUUCUUCUUGUCCAUGCUCCUCCUCCUGGUCUCUUGCUCACUACUCCAAGAUCAACAGACUCUCUUCUUCUUAA